AUGGCACUUACAAACCUUACACUUCUUCUGGAGGCUGUCGCCCAAGAGGGUGGCGGGCAUGUCAUUUGCUAUCCGCCCCAAAACACCACCAAGCCCAAGUCAUACUCCUACCGCCGGCUGCUCGAAGACGCCCAGAGGGCCUCGUGGGCAUUGCGCUGCCGACCAGAGAAGUUUCGUCGAGGUCGAGUGAUCCUUAUCCAUCUAGACACCCACUGGGAAAACAUUGUCUGGUUCUGGGCCGUCACGCUGGCUGGCUGUAUCCCGGCCAUGUCCACGUCGCUGUCCAACAACUUGGCGGCACGCGUAUCACAUCUGGAGCAUCUAGCUACUACGCUCAAAAGUCCUUCGUGUCUUACUACAGCGGCAAAGCUGUCCGAAUUUGGAGGACAAGACGCUAUCACUCCAAUUGCUCUCGAAUCGCUGGACGUGGACAAUGCCCCAGCCGCAGAGCUGAGCAACGUCUAUCGCGAAGCCAUGCCUGGAGAUAUCGCCAUCCUGAUGCUGACAUCUGGCAGUACUAGUCACGCUAAAGCGGUGAUUCUCACUCACCAGCAGAUCUUCAUGGCACUGGACAGCAAGUAUAAGGUGGUGCCGCUGCCUAACAAGACUUCAUUCUUGAACUGGGUCCGCUGCGACCACGUUGCGGCCAUUGUUGAAAUCCAUCUGCAGGCCCUCUUCGCGCAUCAAGACCAGGUACAUGUACAGGCUCCGGAUGUCUUGUCACAUCCCCUUGCAUUUUUGGAUAUCAUCAAUCGCCAUCGCGUCUCCCGUACCUUCGCACCCAAUUUCUUCUUCGCUCGCAUCCGCACCGCACUUGAGGGUCACGGGGACUGCUGCACUCCAUAUGGCUGGGAUCUCAGCUGUCUGCGGUACAUCGCCUCAGGUGGUGAGGCAAACGUCACCAAGACCGGUGUUGCUGUCGCAAAGCUGCUCGCUCAGUACGGUGCCCCCGAGACCGUCAUUGCUCCCGGCUUCGGCAUGACGGAGACUUGCGGCGGCGCAAUCUACAACUUGGACUUCCCUCGCUACGAUCUCGACCGAGGUCUAGAGUUCGCAUCCGCGGGAAAAUGUAUGCCAGGUCUAAGUAUGAGAAUCACCAUCGUUGAGGACAAUUCCAUUGCACCGGCUGGAACAGUGGGCAAUCUCGAGCUGGCGGGGCCGAUCCUCUUCGAGGGAUACUUCAAUAACCCGAUGGCAAACGAACAGUCGUUCACUAGCGAUGGCUGGUUCCAGACGGGUGACUUAGCUUCUAUUGACGACAAAGGUAAUCUUCAUUUAAUGGGCAGAGCUAAAGAAUCCAUGAUCGUCAACGGCGUCAAGUACAGCCCGCAGGAGAUUGAAAGUGCCCUAGACGAGCCUGAUGAAAUCCCUGGCCUGACCCCGAGUUUCACAUGUUGUUUUUCUUCAUUUCCUCCAGGUGGUGACACAGAAGUAAUCUGCGUGGUAUACUUGCCGAGCUAUGCGCCCGACGACGAUGUCGCGCGAGCCACAACGGCCGACGCUAUCACCAAAACUACCAUGAUGUCGACAGGCGCGCGACCACUGGUGCUACCUCUCGAUAAAUCGCAGCUGCAAAAAUCAGCACUGGGAAAAUUAGCACGAACAAAGAUCAAGAUGGCCUUCGAAAAGGGCGAUUACAGCACCUAUCAAGAUAUCAACUCGGAGGCAAUCAAGUUGCACCGGGCGACGGCCCGCGUUCACCCUGCAAACGAGCUAGAGCAACGCUUGCUCGACCUCUUCACCAAAACCCUUGAGCUGCCUGAGGAGGAGUUUGACGUGCAGUCUUCUCUAUUUGACAUGGGCAUAACCUCUGUGGAGCUCAUUAAAUUGAAGAAGCACAUCGAAGAGAAUUUGAGUCUUACGCAGGAAAUCCCAAUAAUCACUUUGAUGACCAAUCCGACUGUUCGCGAUCUCGCCAGUGCCUUGCAGGACCAGCAGGGUCCUCACAAAAUCGGAGAUUAUAAUCCCGCGGUCACGUUGCAGUCCCAGGGAGAGAAGACACCGCUAUGGCUUGUCCACCCGGGCGUCGGCGAGGUUCUGGUAUUUCUCAAUUUAGCAAAAUUUCUGGUGGAUAGGAAAGUCUACGCCCUACGGGCGCGCGGUUUCAACGAAGGCGAAGAGCCUUUCGAGACGAUCGAGGAUGUCGUGAGCACAUAUCACAUCGCCAUCAAAAGAAAGCAGCCGCAUGGACCAUAUGCGCUGGCUGGGUAUUCAUAUGGCACAAUGCUGGCCUUCGAGGUUGGAAAGGUAUUAGAGAGCAACGGAGACGAUGUGCGCUUCCUGGGCUCCUUCAACCUGCCACCUCAUAUCAAGACUCGCAUGCGCCAAUUAGACUACAAGGAAUGUCUGCUUCAUCUCUCUUACUUUUUAGAUCUGAUGACUGAGGAUCGCGCGCGGGAGUUGGCAGUAGAGAUGAAAGGCACGACUCGGGAGGCCACUCUCGCGAAGGUGAUAGGAGAAGCGAAUCAGGAUCGCCUCGUCGAACUGGCCCUGUCCCCUGAGGCUCUAACCAAAUGGGCAUGCUUGGCUUUUGCCCUGCAAAGCAUGGCCGUUGACUAUGAUCCCACCAGCUCCAUUGCUGGCAUUGAUGUCUUCUACUGCAAUCCUCUGGCCGUCGCGGCCUCAUCCAAGGCCCAAUGGCUCAGUGAGCACUUGAGUCAGUGGAAGGAUUUCUCGCGAUCCACGCCGCGCUUCCACGACGUUGGAGGUGCCCAUUACACUAUGUUAGGGCCGGAACAUGUUUUUGGUUUCCAAAAAACACUACGGAGUGCUCUGGACGCAAGGGGGAUUUGA